AUGAUCCCUCGGUUGCGAGAUAUCUCGCUGGCGUGUCUAGCACUCCUUUCUCUUGCGUCCUUUGGCCACGCCGAAGAGACCAAGAACGACUAUGGCACCGUUAUCGGUAUCGAUCUGGGCACGACCUACUCCGCCGUCGGUGUGCAGCGUGGUGGUCGUGUCGAAAUCUUGGCCAACGACCAAGGUAACCGUAUCACCCCAUCCUGGGUCAGCUUUGGCGACGAUGAGCGAUUGAUCGGUGACGCUGCAAAGAACGCCUACGCUUCGAACCCGGAAAACACUGUCUUCGACGCAAAACGUCUCAUUGGUCGCAAGAUUGACGACCCAGAGGUCAAGAAGGAUAUGAAGCACUGGCCUUUCAAGGUUAUCGAGAAGAACUCUCGACCACACAUUCGUGUCAAGAACAAAGGUGAACUCAAGGACUUUACUCCUGAGGAAAUCUCCGCCAUGGUCCUUACAAAGAUGAAGGAAACCGCCGAAUCGUAUCUUGGUCACCCCGUCACUCACGCCGUCGUUACUGUCCCCGCCUACUUCAAUGACGCUCAGCGUCAGGCUACCAAGGACGCCGGCACGAUCGCUGGUCUCAACGUUCUCCGAAUUGUCAACGAACCGACCGCCGCCGCCAUCGCGUAUGGCCUCGACAAGAAGGGUGGAGAAUCUCAAAUCAUCGUCUACGAUCUCGGAGGAGGAACUUUCGAUGUUUCCCUUCUCUCCAUCGAUGAUGGUGUCUUCGAGGUCUUGGCCACCGCCGGUGACACCCACCUUGGUGGUGAGGACUUUGACAACCGCGUCAUCGACCACUUUGUCAAGCUCUACAAGAAGAAGACUGGUACCGACGUCUCGACCAACCUCCGCGCCAUGGGCAAGCUCAAGCGUGAAGUCGAAAAGGCCAAGCGUACCCUCUCGUCCCAACAGAGCACUCGUCUCGAAAUUGAGAGCUUUGAAAACGGCAACGAUUUCUCUGAGACGCUCACCCGCGCCAAGUUUGAGGAGCUCAACAUGGACCUCUUCAGGAAGACCAUGAAGCCCGUCGAGCAAGUCCUCAAGGAUGCCGGUGUCAAGAAGGAGGAUAUCAGUGACAUCGUCCUCGUUGGUGGUUCGACCCGUAUUCCAAAGGUUCAGCAACUCAUCAAGGAAUUCUUCGGUGGCAAGGAGCCAUCCAAGUCGAUCAACCCCGAUGAGGCUGUCGCCUAUGGCGCCGCAGUUCAAGGUGGUAUCCUCUCUGGCGAAGGUGGUCUCUCCGACGGUGUCCUCCUCAUUGAUGUCAACCCACUCACCCUCGGUAUCGAGACCACUGGUGGUGUCUUCACCAAGCUCAUCCCCCGCAACUCUGUCAUCCCCGCCCGCAAGUCUCAGAUCUUCUCGACCGCCGCUGACAACCAGCCCACCGUCCUCAUCCAAGUCUACGAGGGUGAACGUUCGCUCACCAAGGACAACAACCUCCUCGGUAAAUUCGAGCUCAGCGGUAUCCCACCGGCACCUCGCGGUGUUCCUCAAAUCGAGGUCACCUUCGAGAUUGACGCCAACGGUAUCCUCAAGGUCUCCGCCGCCGACAAGGGUACCGGAAAGUCGGAGAGCAUCACCAUUACCAACGAGAAGGGCCGUCUCAGCCCCGAGGAGAUUGAGCGCAUGGUCAAGGAGGCCGAAGAAUUUGCGAGCGAGGACGAGGCUCAACGCAAACGCAUCGAGGCCCUCAACGCCCUCAGCAGCUUCGUCUAUGGUCUCAAGAGCCAGAUCGCUGACCAAGAGGGUUUGGGAGGCAAGCUCGAGACCGAGGACAAGACGAGCCUCAACACGAUCAUCAAGGAGACCACUGAGUGGAUUGAUGAGAAUGGUAGCAGCGCAACGGUCGAAGAGCUCGAGGAGAAGCUCCAAGCUGUUCAGCAAGUUGUGAGCCCCAUCACCUCCAAGCUCUACAGCCAAUCUGGUUCGGAAGAGCCAUUGACCGGCCACGACGAGCUUUAA